AUGGCGCCGCGGAGCGUUUGGAACCUGGGCCUCCGCCCCCAGCCCGCCCGCCCAUUGGCCGGCUCCCGCCACAGCCGCGCCAUCAGCCUAGCUCCGAUUGGCCGGUGCAGCCGUCAGUCCCGCCUCAAGCCUCCACACGAGCCCGCCGCUUCGGCCCCCGCCUCUUUCCAGCGCGAUUUGCCCGCAGAGUGGGGGAGGGGAAGUGGGGGGGUCGAAAGGGAGCGGGGGGGGCCGCAGGAGAGGGAGGUGGGGCGAAGAGCUGAGCCGAGUAGAGAACCAAGAGAAGCCGCGUGGAGGAUUGGCUCCAGCGAGCUGUCAAUCAAGCGCAGCCCGCCCCCACUUCCCUUCCCCCUCCCGCCGCUCCCCCUCCCCGUGCGUAGCCCGCAGGCUCAGCCUUUCCGGCUCGCUCAUUGGCUGGGCGCCUUUGGUGACGGAGAGGGUGGGGCGCCGCUCCGGAGCUGGUGGCGGCGCGAGUUUGAGCGCGGCGCGCGGCGGCUUCGCUCUGCUUUCCCGGCGCGCUGGCCCGCCCCCGGCUGCUCCCGCCAAGCUGCGGGGGCCUCGGGUGGGGGCUGCGCCCCGAAAAGGGAGGGCACCCCCGGCGGUUUCCUAGUCGAGGACGGGGUGGUAGCGGGAAGACCUGUCGUGGCCCCGAGCCCCUCCAGUUCGCCUUAGAGGCCUGAGUCUGGGGGUGAGAGUAGCUGGGAGAGGCUGGGGCGUGCUCUCCCUGCGCCUCGUGAUCAGAGCCCGGGAAGAGAUGGCCGAGCGGUUCCUGCGCAGGAAUCUCUUUAAAAUCUUACUUGUGCCUCCCUGGGCUGCCAUUUGGGUGAUCCUAAGAACUAAACACUGUAACCCUUGUAAUUGCUUUAACCACGAGUAUUUUUGCUGGGUAAGCUUGCACGCCAACCGCCUCCCACCUGGUGCCCUUGGGCUGCCCCCACUCUCGGUUUUCUUUUCAGCUUAGCUGCCCUUUACGUACGUCAUCAUCAAAUAGUAUUUUCUGUGAAAGUCACAGGUAUAUGUUCUUUUACAUGGUUGCCUGUAACAAUUUACAUGGUUGCCUGUCGUUUGUCCCCAAGUGCCCUCCAAAUCAGCUUUACCGAUUGCUAUGCUUAAGAAACAGCAGCCCACCAAAACUUACUAGGCCCAUUCUGCCACCAAGAGGUUGAUAAAUGGCUUAUUAAAUCAACACAGUUUUCUUCAGCAGCUCUCAGGAUGGACGAUAGCUGACACCGAAGCACCGCUGAAGAAUAACUCUCCCCAACCAGUAAAGAAGCCCGGUAACAACCCAAGACUUAGAUUUACGAAAAUGACAGUGGGUGACUUUCAGACCUAGGAUUUUUGUUCAUUGCUUAACGAUAGUAUUAAAUAUGUAUAAUACAUGAUAAAAAAAAAUUUUUUAUAUCAUUUAUAUGAUCUAAGACUACAGCCUUCAGUAUGGAUUACACCUCAACGUAAAACGAAAACCCUCACAACUGGACCAAUAAUCAACAUCAUGCUGAACGGAGAAAAGACUGAAGUUGCAAAGGAUUUCAUUUUACUUGGAUCCACAAUCAACUUCCAUGGAAGGAGCAGUCAAGAAAUCAAAUGAUGUAUAUUGUGCAAGUCUGUGGCAGACGACCUCUUUAAAGUGUUAAAAAGCAAAGGUAUUACUUUGAGGACUAAGGUGUGCCUGACCCAAGCCAUAGCGUUUUCAGGUGCCUCAUAUGCAUGUGAGAGCUGGACAAUGAAUAAGGAAGACUGAAGAAGAACUGAUGUCUUUGAAUUAUGGUGUUGGCAGAGAAUAUUGGAUAUACCAUGGGGUGCCAGAAGAAUGAACAAAUCUGUCUUGGAAAAAGCACAGCCAGAGUGCUCCUUGGAAUCAAAGAUGGCAAAACUUCAUCUUAGUGCUUUGGACAUGUUACCGGCAGGAACCAGUCUCUGGAGAAGGACAUCAUACUUGGUAAAGUAGAGGGUCAGCAAAAACGAAGACCCUUAACGAGACGAUUGACACAGUGGCUGCAACAAUUGACUCAAACAUAGCAAACCGUGGUGAGGAUGGUGCAAGACCGGGCAGUGUUUCUUUCUGUUGUACACAGGGUUGGUAUGGGUGGGAAGUGACAGCACCUAACAACAGCAAUGACAUACAAGAUGUUAUACACUAAUCACUUGUGAUACUUAGGUUGUAUUAACAGGAAAAUGAGGGCUCUCCUCUUUUUUUUUUUUUUAAGAUUUUUUCCCCCCAGGCCACUGGUACUGACUUUCUGGAUAGCCAUGUAGUAGGAAUAAAAAUAGUGAGGAGUGAGACCUGGCUUUGCUCAGAAUGUGAGCUUGGAUAAAUAACUUCACCUCUUUGGGCCUCAGUUUUCUUCUUACGCUUUUAAUGAGGCUGAUGUGGCCCAGGCCCACCUCAGAAGACUGGGGUUAAGAAUCUAAUGGGAUAAUAUUUCUGAAGGAGCAGUGUAAACCAUAAAGCAUUUUGUAAAGUUAAAAUAGUCUGCUGUCCCCUCCUUUGGCUCUUUUUAUCCCAUCUUUAAAUCACACCCCUGAAAGGAUCAUAUCUGUCUGAUUGUAGUGAAUGAGGUAUAAAUAUUUGGCCUGUCUAUUUUGCUUAGAGUUAGCCAGAGAGUUCUCUGCAGAAGAUGGAGUAUUCAUUAUAAAUUUAUCUCAUUAACAACUGCAAAAAGGAGUGACGGACAGAUGAUUACCUUUCAUCACGGUAUUUUCAGGAUCAAAAUCAGAACGCAAGGUAUGAUAUUAUUUGUCUAAUACUGUCUUAUUACCUUUAUUUGCUAGAAUUGAACGGAUUUCAAACCCUGGAGUGGAAUAUGGAUAAGAAAAUCUGUUACGUUUUCCCGUCGCCUGCGCACUUGAGGUUGCUCACGUCUGCUGUAUCUGUCCUCCGGGGUCACUGCGAGUUGGAAUCAGCUCCGCGGCAAUGUGUGAUGGCGUCUGCGUGAUGGAAAUAGUGCGUCACCGUGUGCUACUGAGCAGUUCUUCACAGCUCCACGAUUUGUGACGUCACAUCGGUAGCCUAAAGUAUUUACACCGUGGAACACCCGUUGGCGUCGAGUCUACAGGACAGGGUAGAACUGCCCCAUAGGGUUUCCAAGGAGUAGCUGGUGGAUUCCAACUACUGACCGUUUGGUUAGCUUCACCACCAGGGGGGUCAGCUAAAAAUUGGAACUUUUUCUCCUGAGAGCCGGUCAUGAAACGUUUACCUGUGCACUACUGUGGGUUAAGGAUGAUCAAGGAGGCCAAAGCUGUGGUCAGAGUUGACUGAGCAGGUGGGAGAUGAAGUGUGAGCAGUAAGGAGGUGAGAUGGGGGCAGACGAUUGAAGGCCCUUUUGUAGGCCAUUGUGAGCACUUUGAUUUUCCUUUCACAUGGAGAGCCACCAAAGUGUUUGAAUAUAGACAUGACUUGACCUGACUGAAUUUUUAACAAGGUCACUCUGGCUGCUGCAAUGGGAAUAGCCUGGGGGAGCAAGGGUAAAAAAAAAGGGGGACCUGUUAGGAGACCCUGAAACAAUCCAGGAAUUGGUUAUGGCAUCAACCAGGGUGGUAGCCACGGAACUGUUCAGAUUCUGCAUAUAUUUUGAAGGUAGAGUCGAAAGGACUUUCUAAAGGAUUGGAGUGGGAUGUAUGAGAAAGACGGUAUAGGGAGGACUCCAUGAAUUUCAGCCCUAGUGAUGGGAAGGGUGAAGUAACGAUGUUCUGAGAUGGGGGAUGUCUGCAGAAGGAACAGGUUGGGGGAUGGGGUAGAAUUAGGAUCUCAACGCCCCAUCAGACCACAUUAAAGGUAGGGACUUUGAGCCAAGUUCUUAAACCGAAAAAAAAAAAAAAAAAAAAACCGUUGCUGUUAAGUCAAUUCUGACUCAUAGCAACCCUAUAGGACAGAGUAGAACUGCCCCAAAGAAUUUCCAAGGAGUGCCUGGUGGAUUCGAACUACCAACCUUCUGGUUAGGAGCCAUAGCUCUUACCCACUACACCACCAGGGUUUCCAAGAAAAAACCUGUUGCUGUCAAGUUGAUUCUGACUCAAAAGUGACCCUAUAGGACAGAGUAGAAUUAUCCCAUAGGGUUUCCAAGAAGCAGCUGGUGGAUUCGAACUGCCGACCUUUUGGUUAGCAGCUGUCAUGGAUGGAUUCAAUUGUGUACCCCCAAAAAUAUGUGUCAACUGGGUUAGGCCAUGAUGCCCAGUAUUGUAUGGUUUUCCUCCAUUUUGUGAUUGUAAUUUUAUGUUGAGAGGAUUAGGGUGGGAUUGUAACACCACCUUUACUCAGGUCACCUCCCUGAUCCAAUGUAAAGGGAGUUUCCCUGGGGUGUGGCCUGCACCACUUUUUCUCUCUCAAGAUACAAAAGGAAAAGGAAGCAUGCAAAGAGGGGGGACCUCAUGCCACCAAGAAAGCAGCCCCAGGAGCAGAGCUUGUCCUUUGGACCCAGGGUCCCAGCGCCUGAGAAGCUCCUCGACCAGGGGGAGUUUGAGGACAAGGAAUCUUGCUCCGGAGCCAACAGAGAGAAAGUCUUCCCCUGGAGCCGACGCCCUGAAUUUGAACUUUAAGCCUACCUUACUUUGAGGAAAUAAAUUUCUUUUUGUUAAAGCCACCCACUUGCGGCAUUUCUGUUAUAGCAGCACUAGGUGACCAAGACAGUAGCCAAGUUCUUAACCACUGCGCCACCUUAGCUGGCCACCAAGUUCUUAGUGAUGCUUAAUAAAUAUUUGUUGAUGUCAUGAAUUAAUGUUUUAAGUUUUGCAAUAAGAUGAAGUCCUGGAAAUUAAUGUUGAUGAUGAGAUGCUACCAGAUUUGAUAUUCUGUGACUCUGAGCAAAAGGAGAAAAGCUGUUAGAUCCCACUCCAUAGGCCCAUUCCAAACAAACAAAUGAAGAAACAAAUCAUUGCCCUCAAGUCGAUUUCAACUCAUAGUGACCCUACAGGACGGAGUAGAACUGCCCCCAUGAGGUUUCCGAGGAGGACCUGAUGGAUUCAAACUGUUGACCUUUUGGUCACUGCACCACCAGGGCUCCACAGCGCUGCUGCACUUCCGUUAAUUCUCGCCACAGUAGGUCUGUCCGGCUCUGCCUUGUACCUCACUGCCUGCCGGGCUCUCUAGCCCUCUGCUGCCAGCAGAAAGUCAGGCAUUGCCAUUAGCUGAAAGCGUUAGAAGCAAACAGGAGUAGGAUAUAUUAUCAAAUUUUGAUCAUCUCCUAUCAGAAUUAUGUUUCACAGGCUUAGUCUCAGAUAAUAAACUGAUAAUACAGUCUAACAACAAUAACAACUGUUCUAUCAGGUAGUCUGACUUCAGAAGAAAUGAAGAGCCAAGCGAAGUUAGUGGAUUUAUUUCAGUGGUUCAGAAUCACGGGAAUUUUGCCCCCCCAGGAGAAAUUUAUCCAUCGAACGUUUUCUCACAAACCACUAACAUUGUUAGCCAAUGUCAGAAUCAAACAGAGCACAUUAUAGUCCAGGUAGAUCAGAAGAUGAAGGUAAAAAUAAAUAUAAUAAUGGCUAACUUGGAGACUUCUUUGGUUGCCACAGCUUUCGUAUGGGUGAGGGUGCCACUGGCAUCUAGUGGGCAGAAGCCAGGAUGCUGCUGCAUACAUAUCGUACAAUGCACAGGACAGCCCCCCACAACAAAAAGUUACUCGGCCCAAAAUACCAGUAGUGCAGAGUCUCCGAAACCCUGAUCUAUUUAUAAAAUGUUUGAAGGUAUCCAGGCCCAUUAAACUAAACCAAAUCAAACUUGUUGCCUUCGAGGCAAUUCCAACUCGUAGCGACCCUGUAGGACAGAGUAGAACUGCCCCAUAGGGUUUCCAAGUCUGUAAUCUUUACGGAAUCAGACUGCCACAUCUUUCUCCCACAGAGUAGCUGGUGGGUUUGGACCACCAACCUUUCAGUCAGCUGAGCUAAAUAUCAACUAGAUAGAUGAGAGCGUCUCAAACUUUAUAUACGAAUCACGUGGGGAUCCUACAGAAAUGCAGAUUCUAAUUCAGCAGGUCUGAAGUUGUUGGUAAGUGCCAUCAAGUCGAUCUGGACUGGUAGUGACCCCAUGUGAACAGAGUAGAACUGCCCCAUAGGGUUUUCUUGGCAGCUGUAAUCUUUACAGAAGCAGAUUGCCAGGUCUUUCUCCCACCGUGGAGCUGCUGGGUCGCUUCAAACUGCCAACCUAUCAAUUAGCAGCUGAGCACUUAAACGUUUGUGCUACCCAGAUUCCUUAGGUCCGAGGUAGGGCCUGAAAUCCUCCAUUUCUAGCAAACUCCCAGACGUGGACCACGCUUUGAGUAACAAGGCACUAGAUCACGCUACUCUGGUGUCUGGUGGGGUACGAAUUCGUACAGUGAAGGCCUCCCCAGGAUAACGUUCCGAGCAUGGUAUACUGAAGUUUGUACUGGGCUCGUACAAGAGUAUGUUAUUUUUGGGUACUCUGUAUUUUGUAAUUCUUUACUCCUGGGAAAAGUUUUGAAAUUUAUUUCUAGAGCAGAAGAAAUUCCUCUGAAGAGAUCAAAUUAGCAUCAUAAACACAGUAGUAGAAAAAUCUCAGUACCUCACCCUGCCUUCAGGUGGUACUACAUUUAAACCAUUUCAAGCUGAUUUCUACAUACUUACCAGGAAUGUCAGAAUCAAAACAGAGCCUGUAGGUUAUAAGGCCAGUAGAACAGAGAGUGAAGAUAAUAACAAAAACAACAAGAUAGUAAGGACUGGCAUUUAUUGAACUCUUCGAAGUGCUGUCUGUGUGAUAUUCAUUCGUUUAGUUUUCACAACAAAUGUUAUUGCUGUUUUAAGAUGCGGGAACCGAAUUCAGACCGAAGGCUAUGGUAAUUUGAAAGCAGGGUUUCAGACCAGUUCAUUCCUGUUCAAACCCCGGCUGAGAAUUUGCCUGUCUGACAAGUUCCCUGCUGGGAAUUUGCAUUUCCUUCCCAGAUAAACCUAAUCAAAAUCUGUAUUUUAACAAGAACCCCAGGUGAUUCUUAUGUAUGACUUCUUGGGAACUUGUUAGACAUGCAAAUUCUCAGCAGGGGUUCGAACCGGAAUGAACUUGUUCAAAACCCUGUUGAGAAGAAAACUUUAAAGCACAGAAAGUUUAGGUCAUUUAAAAGAAUACAAGGAUACCCUGAUAGGAAACAAACAUAUGAAGUAUGAAGAAGUUUCCUAGAGAGAAUAAACUCUUUUAGAUCUCAUUCCUUUCCAUCUGGAUGUAAAUUCUGGAAUAUUGGGGGAACGAAAAGAAACAGAAAUAAUAUCCACUGGAAGGACUGGAGCAUGUAGAUGUAAUGCUGUCAAAAAAGAAAAGAACCUUUAAUCUAGCUUGGCUAAACUAGAAACUUCAAAGUUUUCUUAAAGUAUAUUUCAGAGAUAUGGUCAGAAUUCCGAAGAAAAGCUUUAGCGUAAAUCCUAAAAGUUAACUCUUUAUUUAAUAUUUAACCAUUCCAUUAUCUGUACCCAGAGAAGUGUUUAUUUUGACAACAGGAACCACCUGAUAAUGCUACAACAUGAAUGAACCUUGAAAACAUUGUACUGAGUGAAAUAAGUCAGUCACAAAAGGACAAAUCUUGUAUGAUCCCACUUAUAUGAAAUACCUAGAACAGGCAAGUGUAUGGAGACCAAAGAUUAUUAGUGUUACCAGGGAGGGAGGGAGAAAGGAGGACUCAAAGCUUGGAGACCCGGAGCUUCUGCUAAGGGUGAUGGAAAGAUUAGGGAAUGGCUAGGACAAUGGCUGAACGGCAGGGUGAACAUAAUGUCACUGAACUAUACAUGUGAAGAUUGUCGAAACGGCAUGUCAUGGAUCUAAUUGUGUCCCCCAAAAAAUAUGUGUCAACUUGGUUAGGCCAUGAUUCCCAGUAUUGUGUGGUUGUCCUCCAUUUUGUGAUUGUAAUUUUAUGUUGAGAGGAUUAGGGUGGGAUUCUAACACCACCCUCACUCAGGUCACCUUCCUGAUCCAAUGUAAAAGGAGUUUCCCUGGGCUGUUGCCUGCACCACGUUUUAUCUCUCAAGAGAUAAAAGGAAAGGGAAGCAAGCAGAGAGUUGGGGACCUCACCCACGAAGAAAGCAGCACCAGGAGUGGAGUACGUCUUUUGGACACAGGUUCCCUGUGCCUGAGAAGCUCCUCAACCAGGGGAAGAUUGAAGUCAAGGACCUUCCUCCAGAGCCGACAGAGAGGAAAAGCCUUCCCCUGGAGCUGACGCCUUGAAUUUGGUCUUGUAACCUACUAGACUGAGAAAAUAAACUUCUCUUUGUUAAAGCCAUCCACUGGUUGUAUUUCUGUUAUGGCAGCACUAGAGAACUAAGACAUGGCAAAUGCUUUGUUACCUAUGUAUUUACCACAAUAAAAAAAUAAACAAAUAACAGGUACCACAUUUGCUCAGGCAUUUUGAAAAUCGCCACAGUCCAGGAAUAUUUUC